UGGAAAAAAUGGAGAAGGGUAUUAUCCUCAAACGAAAAAGAUUCAACAUGGAUGGUCCUGAUGAGUUCCAAUAUUAUUUUCAUGACAUAAGAAAAGAGACAAUGUCAGCAAUUCGACGACAAAUGGGAGGAGGCAGCGUGAUGGUUUCAGUUAUUUCGGCAAGACAAGUUUCAAGUUCAUCAAUGGGAGAAUGAAUAGUGUCCGAUACAUAAAUUUUAAUAAAAGAAGAAAUAGAUAAUCAUGCAGUACGCAUUUCUGGACCUGAUUACAUCCUUCAACAAGAUAAUGCAUCUGUAUACACAUCAAGAUUGGUCCAAUCAUAUUUUAAUGAAAAUAAUAUAUCUAUUUUGCCGUGGCCUGCACGCUCCUCGGACCUUAAUAUUAUUAAAAAUUGAUGGGCAGAACUUGUUCACGGCGUAUACGCGAAUGGAAAGUAGUAUCGACACGUACAAGAAUUAAAAAAUGCAAUUGUACGCGAAUGGGAUACGUUAAGUCAAAAUUAUAUCCAGAAACUAUAUAAAUCGAUACCAAAUCGUAUAAUAAAAGUAAUAGAAAAUAAAGGGGAUGUACCCAUUAUUAAGUAAGUAUAUAUGUUUGAUAAGUAAUUAUUGUUAGUUACAAGGAGGUGUUAUUUCUUGGAUUGUAAUUACACCCUUCCUAGAGAAAAGUAUGUUGAAGUUGCCAAAUUCAUAAGAAAUCAUUACUUUGGAUGAAAGAAAAUUGAUGACACAACGAUACAAUCCUUGAUUCAAGUAGCUAAUGAUAGAUUCUUUGUUGUUGAUAGUGAGAAAGCUGCCAAAUGCAGGCUAAAGUUAAUCGACAACCUGUUUGAUAUUAUUAUAUCUGCAGAGGCACAUACAGUGUCAGUGAUGCCAUAAGUAGAACUACUAACGAUUAUGGUAUAUUAUUUAGAUCUUAUUUAGAUUAUAUUAUCUAGGCUAGAACUUAGAAAAGGAAAAGAAGACAAGUGUACUUAUUUGAUAUUUUAUACAGGUGUGACUCAUGCAUGUAACGCAUUCUUUGUUGUAGAUACUCAGUAUCUUCAUCCCACAACAAUAACAGAUGAUAUUAAAAUGCAAAGAAUGUUGACCGAUUUUUGGGUAUCAUUUGCAACAAACGAGGUGUCAAAUAUCAGUGGUGUUCAAUGGCCAAGAUUAAAUCCAAAUGAAAAGUUAUUUCAUUAUUUGUAUAUUGCCGGAUCAGAUAAAAUUCAGAUGGGUAGGAGCAUAAAUUUUGAUCAAAAAGAUUUUUGGAAUUCUGUUAACUUUAACGAAAAUAAAUUAUAUACUGCAUCUGAUAUAUUAAGAGAAGAAUUAUAAGAAUAUUGUCUACAAAUUUAUGUUAAAUUACAUAAAUAUUAAAAUUGCAUAAAUUCAAAAUUAAUA